UUGAGGCUACUGUAGACCUUUAUUGCAAAACAGUAUGUUUUAAUGUGAAAACAAUAACUUUAAAUGUUUCACUAUUUUUAUGAAAUUCACUGAGGAUGAUCCUCCUCUGAAGAGCCUCCACUGCUGUAUACUGUUUUGACUGGUUUUAACACAGUUGCAGCUGACAGUAUUUUUUCAGUGACAACACGUUUGUGGCGUCCAUCUUCUGUUUACGCACAGGUGUUCAGAGAUGCAGAUAGCUAAUUACUACAGGUACUCCACUCUGUCUUCCGUCUGUCUUCUGUAAACAAGCAAUGUAACAUGGAAAUAUGGCAGUGUGGGCACCCUAACCCUAUAAAGUUGUGUAUCCAAAACCUUAUCGCAAAACUCCCCCAUACAGAAGACACCUUUUUUCUCCAAUGAUUCUUAUGUGUGAUUGUAAUGGAACUGAGAGUCAGGAUCAACGGCUAUGGAAUUCCUAAUGUCUUGUGAUGUGUUGCUCUCAUAAUGCUGAUAAUCUCCUUUUUUAAAGUUAUGCAAAAUCAAAUUCUACAACUACUGCCUCGUCCACAAUGUCCAAAGAGACUUUAUUGUGCAGACUGGAGAUCCAACUGGGACUGGCUGUGGUGGAGAAUCUGUCUAUGGUAAACUUUAUGGAGACCAGGCCCGCUUCUUUGAUGCAAAGAAAAACCCAUGGAUCAAACAGAAAGAAGGGGAUGGUGUCCAUGGUAAACAAUGGCAGUGACCAUCAUGGUUCUCAGUUCCCGAUCACCACUGGUGAGGUCCACACUGUGUUAGGUGAGAUGUCAGAGGGUAUUGGCGUCUUGGAUAAGAUUAAUGACACCUUCGUUGAUAAGGACUUCAUCCCUUUUCAGGAUAUCAGGAUAAACCACACUGUGAUCCUGGAAGACACUUUCGAUGACCCUGCUAACCUGCCCGUGCCGGACCGCUCCCCCGAGCCUACCAAGGAACAGCUGGAUAGUGGUCGUAUUGGAGCAGAGGAAGUGAUCAACGACACAGAUGGUAAGGAGGCUGAGGAGCUGGAUGAGCUGCUGAAGGAGGAGGCGACCAAGACCCAGGCCAUCCUUCUGGAGAUGGUGGGUGAUCUUCCUGAUGCGCAAGUGAAACCUCCGGAGAAUGUUCUGUUUGCGUGUAAGCUGAACCCUGUGACCACAAAUGAGGACCUGGAAAUCAUCUUCUCUCGCUUCGGACUUAUUAAAUGGAGGGGGACUGUGAAAAGGCCUUCUUCAAGAUGGACAACGUGCUCAUAGAUGACCGACGUGUACAUGUGGACUUCAGCCAGUCUGUCUCAAAGAUUAAAUGGAAAAGCAAAGGUGGGAAGUAUACGAAGGAUGACUUCAAGGCCUAUGAAAAAGACGUGGGAUACAAAUGAGCUCUUAAGGAUAAAGUCAAACCCAAGCCAGACUCCAAGUAUGACCUGCUUUUAGAAGAAGAAGGAACGAGCCAUUGGCAUGCUGAGAAGAAACACAAAGACAAGAAGCACAAUCACUCGGACAACAAGGACACCAGGAAGUCCAAGAAAUCCAAGUGGGACAGGGAGGAACCCCGGCGGGAGAAAAAGACAGACUGGCAGCAUUCUCACUCCAGGGAAAGAGACGACGGCGGCGGCCACCAUAAGCACAGCAAGUCCCAUGAAAAGCACUGCCCGGAGGGCCUUGACAAGGGCCACAGGGAGAGUAGCCGUAGUCACUCACCCAAGAAGUCUAAAGACAAGGAGAGGAGCAGACACCGAUGAUGGGAGAGGAAUGGGAUUGAGGUCCGUUCCAUUUCAACUUCCAUCAAUUAUGGAAUUGGAAAUUCCUCUUUAAAAAUAAAUGUCAGUUCUUUUCAUGAAUUGACUGAAUUGAAAUGGAAUUGGUCCACCCAAAUACCUGCCUCUGUGGCCCCUACUACCCUACCACCACCACCCAUGUCUGGGAGAGCAGAACCAGGGACCCAUCAUGACUAAAACCUCGGCAGUUAGUAAGGUUGUAUAAGUAUAUUUGUUUUUUAGUUUGACUUAUACCUACCCCACCUCUCUUUCUCUGUUCAUCAAAGGGCGGGUGAAUUGUUUUUUUCCCCAUGUUUGUCUUUGACCUUUUACUGUAGUUUCUUACAGAUUUUGUAGAGUAAAUAAAUUAAGUGGGCAUGGAAAACAUGA